AUGAGUCUUUCAGAAAAUUUUUGGGUUGUCCACGAUGAGGUUCAGAUCAAUGACACAGGAGACGGCAUGCACUUGAAGAUCCAAUUAACAUCUGCUUCUGCAUUGGAAUGUUUUGGAAGCGACUGCUCACGAAAUGACAAUUUGGCACAUAAUUUGUUGCGGCGGGGCCGCUCCGAAUGUCCGCUUGAAGACGACUUUGGUGCAGUGAGGGAAACUGCUAUCUCUGUGGUUUGUUGCAUGUCAGCAGGCUUUAGUAUCCUCAAAAGCAACGUAGAAACGCCAAUGCCACUGGUCCUAUUGCAAUGGGAUGAAUGCCUGGUUUCACCAAGCACAUCUUCCCCUGCUCAAUCCUUUUCAUAUCUCGAGUCCUUCGUUGUCGACAUCAUGAUUGGCCUCUGCCUCUUUCUCUUCAAUCAAACAGCGGUUAUUACCAUUCGGCUGUUCAAAAUGGCAUUUGGUGCAGUCACGUCUUUUCCUGUGCCCAAUGAACCCAUUCUGGCUGCGCACUUAGCUAAACUCAUCAUCCAGGAUCUCCCUCUCGUUGCCAAAGCCUCCAAGUCAACCAACUACUACCAUCUUCUAAGAGGCUUGUUUCGCGCAAUUGGCGGUGGAGGGGGUCGUUACGAGCUUCUAUACAAAGAGGUUCUACCACUCCUUCCUGAAAGUUUGACCGGCAUGUCUGAGCUCCUGGACACAACGGUCGCCGUCGAAGUUGUCCUAUCAGUCAGCGUGUGCAAUGAUGUGGUUGGUUGGAGUCACUUGCUGGCACCUACUUUAGGCCAACAUCAUCUUGUUGGGCUAGCCGCCACUUGCCUCCAUCCCGAUCAAAGAGAGCCGUUUCCAUUGUUCCUUGAACUAUCCCGAAAAGUUUCGGGCAGCCCCCAGGCUCAGGAGUCUUCCCUGUGUAUCCUGACGUCUCUGCAUGCUAGAGCGAAGCGAAGAAUUGCUGUUCUUGAGGAGGAAGUCGAAAUUUUGAAACAGGACAAGGUAACAAAGCAAAGGAAGACAACCUAUUACGUCUCGCAGGGACGAGCAAUCCGCCGUAUGGUUGCUCUUUAUACUCCCAUAGAAGACCUUAUCGCAGAAAAUGACCGGCCUUGUGAAGAUGGCGACAAUGACACUACUAUCGAACAAGACCGCCACCAACAUGGCUACAUCGAACUCAGCAAGACAGCUACCAUGGAUUCACCAGAAGCUGACAAGUCUGGACCACGAGGACUCAAACGAGGUGCGGACUCAGCUCAUGGUGACGACAUGGGUACUCUCAAGGAACUUGUGGCAUCGUGGGUGAAUAUCGACUGUCAUCCGACUCCGCUCAUUAGGACCGACGACAAGCACCACCGAGGCUUCAUUAAUGAUGCAUGUGGUCGCAUGCUCUGUCCAGCGGAAUGGCAUUGGGACGACCCAGUCAUCAGGGCUGGGAUUCGUGACCGUACCAUGGCAUACAUCGUCUCUGAGAACUCAUGGCCAUUGUUCAUGUAUGAAGGCUAUGAAGCUUCUGUUAAGAAUCUCGAGCGCGGUCUCAUGAAGUCAAAAUUGUUAGUUAUGGUCCGAUUUGCUCUUUCAAACAUCACCUCCUGGCGUACUGUAGAUGCAGACUUUGAUUAUCAACUGUUCUGGAAUAACAUCCCAGGUCCAGCCACGCGAGCUAGGGUACAUGCGCUCCUGGAGUGGUGGACAAGGAAAGUUUUUGGAAGAAAUCACCAGCAGGACCUGACACUAGAUGUUAUUUCCCAAAUGUCCGUCAGUGCUCUUGCUGCCCAGAGACUGGAGAUGGAGGCGGCCGCAUUUGACUCUGAUUAG